AGAGAUGGACAAAGUCAUUCUGACCACAUGCGCUUUCAUGGUUUUCUUCCUCUGCUCCGUCUGUUAUGCUAAAGAGGAAGAUGUUUUAUCCUGCUCUGAACACCAGAAGGCCUUUGAUGGAGCUUGCUACGAGUUUGUGGGCCUGCAGUUUUCCUUUCUGAGGGCUCAGGCGUGGUGUGAGCGAGCUGGGGGACACCUGGUGUUCAUCUUGAAUGACGAAACGCAGCAGUUCCUGCAGACACACCUGGAGCCGGACAAGGACUGGUGGCUGGGGCUGGCACCUGCAGCCCCGAACCUCACCCUGGAUCGCUCUGGUGAAGGUUCUCUUGCAUGGUUGGACAAUUCAGACGUCAGCUAUAGUAACUGGGUGGACACACCAGAAACCCAUGCAACUUGUGGACACAUUCAGAGACACACAGGCUUCCAGUGGAAAGCCACAGAAAACUGUACACAGGAAAUGAACUUUGUCUGCCAGUUUGAUUUUGGAAGAACAGUUGCAUGUGAAGGCCAAAAUGCAACUCUGCAGUGCGGUUCUGGCCAGGUUCUAGAGAUUGAAGAUGCCUUCUAUGGGAGAAAAACUGUUCACUAUUGCCGAUCCCACUUCACAGCUGUACCCACAUUCUCCCAGGAGGAAUGCAGCUGGAUCAACGUACUGGAAUCCGUAACAGCUCAUUGUCGUGGGCUGCAGGCCUGUCAGGCUCCGUUGGAUCUGAGCUCCUUAACUGAACCGUGUCCAGCACUGGGAAGUUACCUGUCUGUUGAGUACCGCUGCAAGGAUGGGCUUCACUUAUUGAUGACUAAACUGGCAUCUGUUGUUGAUAACGUUACCAUCACUGUGAAGUGGCUUCUUCAUUCAUUUCACGGUAACUUAACUUGCACCGUGGAUGCUGGAGAUGGCUUCAUCAUUGACCCAUACAAUCCAGAAGAGAUGGAGUCCACCAUCAUACACAGAUUUCGGCAGCCUGGCGUUUUCAUGGUUGGGGUUGAAUGCACCACCAGCGACUGGCACGUCACAGCUCAGAAAACCAUAACAAUUCAGGAGCCCGUUGGAGAGUUCAGAGCGGUCCAGUGUUAUGGCAGCAAUGCGACAACAGAUGGCACCAAAUGCAACGCACUUUAUGGUGGGCCUGUUCAGAUUCAGCUGGGGUUGGAAACAGGAACAAGUGUAGCCUACACGGUUCAUCACAAUGGCCGUCAGAUUGCAAACUCAAACGUGAGCUCGGGGGUCACGCCUCACAACGUAACACUGGAUGUGACCGCGGUGCAAAGUCUUCAACGUGGCUGCAACAAUUUGACCAUAGCUGCAUCUAACGGAGUCACACCUCACCCGGUGUCCACUUACCUGCUGCUGUGCCUGCUGGAUCCUAUUGCCGGCCUGCAGGCCUCAGUGACGGCAGAGGAGGACGCCUGUCCAGACUCUCCCGAUCUGACCAUCGGUGUCUCAUUGGAGCAAGGAGCCCCAGUAGAGCUGCGUUUUGAUCUCACCGGGUUAAGGGACGCGCUGACUGAGACCAGAGACAUGCUCAAUAACAGCUUGCAUACUUAUACAUUCUCACACCCGCUGGAAGGGCUUUGA